AUGCAUAAGCCACUGUAUUUCUCCUGUAGAAUUUACUACGAAGUAUACGUUGCGUGUAUAAUAUACAUCUACAAAGUGCUCAAGCAGGUGCACCCGGACACCGGUAUCUCGUCGAAGGCCAUGUCCAUCAUGAACUCUUUCGUGAACGACAUCUUCGAACGUAUCGCGGCCGAGGCGUCCCGUCUUGCGCACUACAACAAGCGUUCCACGAUCACAUCCCGGGAGGUGCAGACGAGCGUGAGGCUCCUGCUGCCCGGUGAGCUGGCCAAGCACGCGGUCAGCGAGGGCACCAAGGCGGUGACCAAGUACACGAGCUCGAAGUGAAGAAGAUAU